AUGGAGCGCGAUGAGGAGCGUUGGAAAAAGUUCAAAGAAGAGCAGAGGAAACGUUUACGAGAUAUUGAAGAACAGAGUGUCCCGAAGAUGACAGAUUUGGAGAUUUUGGCUGGCAAACGCAGGAUUAAGUUGCAAGCUGGAAACGGACAGAAUAUAUUCAAGAGCUACUCACAUUUGGUUGCUGAUUAUAGCCCAUUGACACCUGUGCCUGUAAUGUCUGAAACUUUGGAAAAGACGGCGUCUGAAAUUACCAAGAAAUUGGACCAACACACCCAAAAAGCAAGGGCAAGAUCCAAAGCACAGAAAAAGGCUGCGGAAAAGGACGAUUUGAAUUUGAACACAAGUUUGUCAAACUCUGAGGCUUUAAGAAAGAUUGAGGCUGAAGCUAGGGAAAAACAGGACGAACGCAACAAGAAACGAAGGGAGAAAUACAAAGCACAAAAAGAGGCUUGCAAAAAGGAUGGUUUGAAUUUGGACUUUGAAGUUAGGGAAAAACAGGAUCAACUCAACCAAAAACGAAGGGCCAGAUACAAAGCACAUAAAGAGGCCACUUUGAGAAAGAUUGAGUUAGAAGCUAAGGAGAAACAUGAUCAACUCAACCAGAAGCAACGGGAAGUAAAGAACAAGAAAAGGCGUUCACGAUACCAAAAUGGUACCUUCAUCUGUGAGGGUUUUAGGGUUAUAUUAUAUGUCAAACAAGUAGUUUCGAUGAUCGAAAUGUUUACUUUAAAUUUCUUCAGUUAA